AUUUGCCGCAGUAGCAUAAAUGGCUGCCGCUAGGUGUCGCAAGACACUGAUGCAUUGCGAGAAAGGCUGAUAUAGUUGUUUGGUCUUAUUCCGCCACCGUAGUUACGUAGGCAAAAGCAGGCGCGUACGCUUCUGUCUUGUCAAUAAAUGCUAAGCUAACAUAGACAAUAGUUUGUACAUUUUAAGUUGCAGAAACACUUUCUGUUUCCAUGGAGAGUAUAAAUGCUAAAUACGUGUCCCAGAAAAUUAGCAAGACUAGAUGGCGCCCAGUAUCGUACUCGAAUUUGCAGCAACCAGAUAUCUUUGCGACUGGCUCGUGGGACAACGAGGACAACAAGAUUUCCAUAUGGUCCAUUGGGGGUAAUGGGACUUCUGGGUUGGAAGACGAAUUUGAAGGAGAUCCACGUCUUUUAUGUGACCACAAGCACGAUGGAGAUGUUCUUGAUCUUCAAUUUUUGGACCAAGACAGAAUUGUCACAGCAUCAUCAACAGGAGCAGUAACCAUCUUUCGCCACCACCAAAACAGUCAGACCAUCUCAGUUUCUCAAAAGUGGGCAAGAGCACACCGCUACCCCAGUGACAAUGCUCCCUGCACUGGAGUCGCAUGCAACAGUCCUGAAAUUGUAUCAGUUGGUGAAGAUGGGAGGAUCACCAUCUUCAGAGCUGACCAGGAAGAAGUGAUUCGAGUCAUAGAGAAUGCCGAUAGCAGCACAAUUCAUGCUGUGACUUACCUGAGGACAACAGAUAUUUUGACUGUUAACUCCAUCGGCCAACUGAAGCUGUGGGAUUUAAGAAAACAAAGCACCUCACCAUCCCAGAUUCUAUCCCUGUCAGGAGAAAGAGUUCCUUUGCAUUGUGUUGACAAACAUCCAAACCAGCAACACAUUGUGGCCACAGGAGGCCAGGAUGGUAUGCUUUGUGUCUGGGAUGUGAGACAAGGCAACACACCCUUCUCACUUAUGGAAGCCCACUCAGCUGAAAUGUGGGAGGUCCAUUUCCACCCGACAAACCCCGAUCAUCUGUUCACAUGCUCAGAGGACGGCUCAUUGUUGCACUGGGAGACUUCCUCUCAUUCAGACAUGCCCUCCUUCCUACAAGGUGGAAGGAACAACAGCAUGAUCUCUCGCAGUGCAAUGGCCCCAGCUGGAGGGAACCAGUCCCUCAUCAGUGCUUGGCUUAGUGGAGACUCCAGUAAAGGCCGUCUAGAAACAACACACAUGCUGCCCAGCCAGACGCUAUCCGUCAACAGUUUGGAUGUGCUUGGACCAUGUCUAGUUUGUGGGACUGACGGAGAGGCUAUUUUUGUCAACAGACAGGUCCCAGUUUAAAUAAAACAUCUUUUUUGUGUGUAGUACAAAGGAUGAAGAUUUGCAUUUGUUUUCCAUUUCAGGCACAACAUAAGGCUGUUGUCUUUUUUAUUAUUUAAAAGUUGCCAAAAGUGCUAUAUUAUAAUACAUUUGGCUUUACUUGUGUGUGUGUCUGAUACGUUUUGCUUCAUGAAUUGCUGUUGCAUUGAUUAAUUAUUGUGGAUUAUGUUUUUCUAAGUCAUUCCAAGCAAGGUGGUUCAAUUCAACAAUACAUUUUAUACAGAUUACAUUUAUAGCAGUAAGAAAUAAAAAUAUUUGAAAAAAUC